ACCAAUUGGACUUUUAUGUUUGGCAGCUUCCUUGAACGAUACUUGACGACGAAGCAGUGCAGAAGAAAUACCUUUGUGAUAAACACCCGUGACAUUUAGUUGUAAAAAUGGAGAAAUUUUUUAUUGUGGCAUUUUGUUUGAUGAAAAUUGUGUUGGCGGAAGAGACCCCAAAGAACACCACCAAAAUUUUUGAAACACCUGAAUACAUUUUACCAUGCAACAAAACAGACCCGAACAUAAACAAGUGUUUGGUCGGGACGUUCAACCACCUUAGGCCAUACUUAAUAAACGGACUGAAGGACAUUGAUGUGCCCAGCAUAGAUCCAUUCAAAAUUGAGAGGAUCGUCAUGGAAAAUGGUCAAGGAGCUUUUAGAGUACGGGCCUCUUUCAACAAUGUCACAGCCACCGGUGCCAGUAACUACAGUGUAAAUACUAUUAAAGCUGAUGUAGAUAACUAUGUGUUAGACUUAGGAAUCAAACUUCCAAGAAUUGAGAUCAGAGGAAAGUAUGAAGUAAGCGGAAACGUGUUGCUGUUCCCAGUUAGAUCAAAGGGUGAUUUCUGGGCAAUAUUUUUGGAUGUGGAUGCUGCUGCAAGGAUUUUCGGCAAAGAAGUCAAAAUCGACAACGUCAGGUACAUGAGGAUUGAAAAAAUGUUGGUUGACUUCCGUCUGACUAAAAGCAGAUUCAGAAUCAGAGACAUAAUCAAUCACGGCAACGUUAUAGGUGAAGCAAUGAAUCAGUUCUUGAACAACAAUUCGGAAGAAAUCAUUAAAGAAAUGAAACCGGCGGCCACAACGGCAAUAGCCAAACAUUUCAAGGGAUUCCUGAACAGCGCCUUCCUGAAGAUACCGCUGCAAAUCUGGUUGCUAGGUGCUUAGGCGCUGAAGCACAUAUAGCUAGUUUAUACUGCCAAAACUAAAGGAAGGCAACUUGUGAUCUUCAGAUUUCACUGAGAAAAUUGAAAUUUGAAUUUUAUAAACGGGUCAAUCACAAUUUGAUUCAAUAUCUAUAUUUCCAAUCAAUAAUUAAUGACAAAAUGAUUGUGUUCUAUAAGAUAAAUAAGUUGUCAAAGCAUUCCUUUCUAAUUAUGACGUGAAUGUGAUCUCUACAAAAAUAUAGGAAAUUGCCAUUAGCAUUGAAAAAUUAUUUAUUCGGUUUUAAAGGUUUUAUUGAUCCGUUUAUUUAAUUUAUUAUUAUAUGCACUGUCUUCAUAUUUUUGUACAAACCUGUAUUUAAAUGUUGUAAUAUUUAGUUUUAAUAAAUAUUUAAUUAAUUUUUAAA